AAAAAAGAAAUGAGUGGUUCGGGUAAAGGUUUAUUGGGCUUGUGGCUCUAUCGCAGUGGUGAACAAGAGUGGGCCGUUAAACAAGGCAGUCCAUUGCAUGGACAACGCUCAAAUAGUAAAGAAACUUCUGGAAGUUCUACUGCUAUAGAUAAGUCUGGAUUUAGUGUUAAAAACAAGGAAAAUCCGGUGGUAAAUGAGCAAUUUUUCCAGUACGGUUCGGCUGGAGACCGGGUAUCGAUAAUUUUCACUUUGAAGAAUCAAGUGGGUAAUUUGGCGCGGGCUCUGCAGGUAUUUCAAGAGCUAGGCAUAAAUGUAUUGCAUUUGGAAUUGUCACCACUUGAAAGUGCUACGAAUCAGGCUGAUGUACUGGUAGAUGUGGAAUGCGAUCAAAAGCGUUUAGAUCAAGUACUGCAAAUGCUUAACCGGGAGGUACAUUCGGUAAACUACACCUCAGUGGACAAGAAUGCCAUAGUAAGAGCUCCAUCAUUGUCUGCCUGUUCUAGUUUUGAUUUUGGUGAAAUGGUUUGGUUUCCGCGCAAAAUAUCUGAUUUGGAUAAAGCCCAAAACGUAUUGAUGUAUGGUUCUGAGUUGGAUGCUGAUCAUCCAGGCUUUAAGGAUCCUAUUUAUCGCAAAAGAAGGGAAAAGUUUUCAACAAUUGCCAUGAAUUUUAAGCAUGGUAAUCCAAUUCCUCGUGUGGAAUAUACAGGCGAAGAGGUCAAGACAUGGGGCACGGUAUUUUGUGAACUCCAUCGUUUGUAUGUAAAAUAUGCUGUACCCGAAUACAUGGAAAAUUGGCCAGAACUAGUGAAAUACUGCGGCUAUAGGGAGGAUAAUAUACCACAAUUGCAGGAUGUUAGUACUUUUCUGAAGCGCAAGACUGGCUUUCAAUUAAGACCAGUGGCGGGUUAUUUAUCGCCUAGGGAUUUUUUGUCCGGUUUGGCAUUUCGUGUGUUUCAUUGUACCCAGUAUAUAAGGCAUUCAUCAGAUCCAUUUUAUACUCCGGAACCUGAUUGCUGCCAUGAAUUAUUGGGUCACAUGCCUUUAUUGGCCAACUCUAGUUUUGCUCAAUUUUCCCAAGAAAUCGGUUUGGCUUCUCUAGGCGCUUCUGAUGCUGAUAUUGAGAAAUUGGCAACGCUUUAUUUCUUUACUGUGGAAUUUGGCCUGUGUCAUCAGCCCGACAAUUCAUUUAAGGUGUAUGGUGCCGGUUUGUUAAGUUCGGUGGCUGAAUUGCAGCAUGCCAUUGCUGCCAAAGAAAAAAUUAAAAAAUUUGAUCCCGAAAUAACUUGCAAAGAAGAAUGUAUAAUUACUUCUUAUCAAAAUGCGUAUUAUUACACAGACUCCUUUGAAGACGCCAAAGAGCAAAUGAGAUUGUUUGCCGAAAGUAUACAACGGCCUUUUGGUGUACGCUACAAUCCCUACACUCAAAGCGUUGAAGUGCUCUCGAAUGCCCAGAAAAUAACUGCUGUUGUUAGCGAGCUGAAAGGGGACUUGAGUAUCGUGUGUUCGGCCUUGCGUAAAAUUUCAGCUACAGACGAAAAUUUAGACGUUGAAAGUAUUGCCAAUAUGUUGCAGACAACUUUGAAUGUGAGGGGAGGUGACAGAAGUCCCAACAGUGCAAUAAGCCCCGACAAUUCAGAUACUUCGCAACAUUCAAUUGUCGAGAAUGGAGAGCAACAGUAGAUGACUCAACGGCGGUAAAGGACAACGACUCACAAUAUGUAUAUGGAACAUGUUUAGGGACCAAACAUUAAUUCUUAGUAGUAAAUUUU